AUGUUCAUACCAUUCAUAAUUGUGCUUUUUGAGUUGGCGUAUACUUAUACUAGUCUAAGCAAUUUAAUUAAUGAUACAAGGUUAAACAAGUUAAUUAAUGAUGCAAAACUGGUUGAAAUUGUAUCGCACUCCAGGAAUUUGUAUUUUUCCAUAUUCAAUAAUGAAUUUAGAAUAUCUAGUCCAGAUAAGAUUAAAAGAAAUCACGGAUGUUCAAAGUUCGUAGUUUAUAACGACAACACUGCAAUUAUACAGGGCAAAGAGCGUUUAUGUAAAAGCAGCUUGGCUGAUGAUAUUAAUGUAUGCGGAACCAUGGAUGCAAAUACUUGGGAGAUAGUGAGAUAUGAACAAUAUGUCAAGUUCAAAUAUCCAGGUCAAAACAAAUGCAUCACAGCAACUCAGACUUUUGGCUUGAACGGUAGAGAGGCUAAUCUUCAGGAAUGUGUUAAUGACUCUACAAGGAGAGAUGUAAGUCAAAGAUUUGUAAUGAAAAACUUGUAUCUUGAUCCAACUUCACUAAAUGCAAAUAAUAUAGAAAAGCAAAUGAUAAAUUUGAUAAACGAUGGUAAUACAAGCAACGGUGCCUCCUGA